UUUAUCCUAAUGCUAUAAUAUAUUACAUGUACCUACAAUCAUUUUAAUUCUUAACACACGUUUAAAAAAAAAAGUUGUAUAUUCUUAUGUGGCCCACACAUUACCAUUUAAGUAUCUACCGGUCCUAAAGGUGUUGUCCAUAUCCAUUGCUCAAUUAUUGUAAUCACUUUGUUUCGACUUUUGCACCUAGGAAAUUUUGUAUCAGAAAAUAAUUUCCCUCGUAUCAUAGGUUCAUUAGGUGAACAUAGGCCACAAUUACAAAUUGUUUUUAUUAUUUUUACUAAUACGAAUAAUUGAUGUGUUAACAGGUAUACGACGAAACUAAAGGAAGACUUGUAAAGAAUAAUAGUGUAUAAGUUUGAACAAUCGAAAAGCUGCGGGAAGACGACCAUCACUAUAAAUGGCUUCCCAGAUCGAAGAAUUUCUGGCGAAAAAAAAAGAACAAACCACACUAUUAGACUUACAUAAUUGCACCGCCAGUUCAAAAGAAGACCUUAGGAAACUCGUUGAAAAAGUCCCGGAAUUCAAGAUAAAACCAGAAAAAAAAGUCGACGAUAUCAAAAUAAGAGAAAAGAAAUUCAAAUUCAAAUUGCCGAAAAAAGAACACAUAAGAAAAUUUCCGUUUUCUGAACCAACGCCAACGGAAAUGCAACCCGUUUCUUUAGAAGAGUUAUACUCGGUCAACAUCCAGUGGAAAAUGCUAACUUCAUUGCGGCCAAAAUCGAAAGUAGACGAGGAAUAUUUUACGAGGCAAGUGGAAUUAGGUACGGACACGCUGAAAACCAGACAAAUGGAAAGGAAAAUUCCUCGGGAGACUUUUUUACGAAGAAAGAAAAAUGCAUCAGGAGGUGUAGAAGCUAGAUUUUUAUCUUGCAAGGAGUGCGGUGUUGAGUUCUGUACUGGAGAAAACUGUAAAGUAUUUGAAUACGACUCCUUUAAAAGAAUUUUAAUAACUACGAUACAAUCGGCGACGACUGAGCAAACCCACGAGCCGGGGACUCAAGAAAAAAAAUCGCCCAAAAAAAAAUUUGGAGGAUCCAAAGCAAAAACAAAUACUGGUAACAACACGGCCAAAGUUGUCUCAAAGAAAUCUUUGAUAAAAGAAGAAAAUAAAAUAAUCAGCGUUAAAACCAAUCCAAAAAAUGUUACAGUAAAUGUCAAAAAAGGCGGCAAUUUAGCCAGAAAAACAAAUCCCGGCCAAAAUUCUCCAGUAAAAAUGGUUAAAACGAGUAAAAACGAUACGAAAAGAAAAAAAUAACCAUAAUUUAUACUACAAUAGUAAUGGGUUGUGAAUUUAACGUAACAUUUUUAAAAAAAAAAGUUCUCUGUACUGUAAAAAGCUUAACAUGAAAUUAAUACUCCAAUCCCAAGAAUCAAUUUGGCUCACAUCGCCUAAAUAUUGUUUCACUAAGCAAAAUAUUUGGCUUUUAUUUUGAACAUUGUUCAUCAAACUUUAGUACAUAUUAGUAAGUAUUGU